UUAAAAAGAAAUCGCUUUAAUUUUUUUGAUUGCUUUUAUUUCAUAAAUACGAGAACAAGUACGAAAUUGUUCUAAAAAAAGAAGAAGUAAUUAAAAAUGAAUAAGUGUUUUCUGAAGACAAACAGCCCAUUUGUAAAUAUUAUUCGUCACAAAGGUUAUAAACCUGCUGGUGGAAUAAAGUACCCUGGAGGAAUAGUGUAUUACCCAAGGCAUCCAAAUCACAAAGAUCCAGAAUGUACACCAUCAAAACUAUUUAGAGUAGAAAGAAUAAAAUCAACUAAAUAUUUUCCUGCAUCACAAAAGAAGAUCUUAGAAUCAUUCAAAAUUCAUGAAGAUGUUAGAGUUGCAAUUGUAAAGAAUAUACCAGAAAAUAACAUGAGACUAUGGAAAGUAAAGCAUCUGAUAAAAGUGACCCCAAUUACAUUUCCAUAUGGAGAACCUACAGUAGAUGACAUAAAUUACACUGUUUUGCGGGAGAAUGGUGAAUGUUUAGUAAAGAAGAGUCUAGAGCCACAACCAAAGCAAAUCGAAGCUUUAGAAGCAUUUCAUAACAGUGACAAGAAAAUGGAUUCUACAACUAUUAAAAAAGACUCGAGGUACAAAUGGAAUAAUGCUUAUACAGGAGGAUUUUAAUAAUUCUUGAAGGGAUUGUAGAUGUAUUCUAGUGG